UAUUUUACAAUACCAUUUAGGUUAUGAGAACAUGGUUCGACACAGUAGAUUAAUGUUUCUUGAAUACAAUCUGGCAAUGAUAAAUAAUAAGUUAUAUAAGUUUAUUAACUUAUUUUUAUUACUUAGUUUAUUAAGUUUAUAAACUACAAAAAGUAUUCUUUGAAAUAUAUUCGUCCGGUUUAUAGAAUAUUACAAAGUCGUUUUGAUCUACUUGAAAUGUUAUUUGCAAUCGAGAACUGUGCGAUUCGUUUUUCACCGCGAAUCUUCCGACGAUGUUUUUCAAGAAAUUUCGACGUUCAACCAACUGACGCGAGAGAAUUUGUAUUGCAACCCAGUCACAAUACCACGUCUGUACGUCGAGAAAAUGAAAAAUGUCUGAAGAUAGCUAUUUUGGGUGCACCUAAUGUUGGAAAAAGCACACUUGUCAAUCAGCUCAUCAAGAGAUCGGUGUGUGCAACAUCCAGCAAAGUACAUACUACACAAGCUAAGGCAGAUGCAAUUUAUUCAGAAGGCAAUACACAGUUAAUAUUUAUGGAUACACCUGGAAUGGUAUCCACAAAUGUAUCAAAACGAUACAAGUUGACUACUAGUUUUCGAAGAGAUCCUAAAAAUUCCUUACAGACAGCAGACAUCGUAGGACUUGUGCAGGAUUCUCAUAAUGUAUUCUCUAGACACAAAAUCGACCCAGAUAUACAAGGAUUGCUGGAGAAGGUGGAAGAUAAAAUUCCCAUGAUCCUAAUACUUAAUAAAGUGGACAAGUUGAAGAAGAAGAAUACACUGUUACAUCUUGUAACAGUUUUGACCAAGGCCAAAACUUCUUUAAAAUUCACAGAUGUAUUCAUGAUAUCAGCUCUAAAUGGAGAUGGUGUUGAUGAUUUAAGGACCUACUUGUUGGAUUCAGCCAAAUCACAAGGAUGGUGUUACGAGGGACAUAUGUACAGCAAUCAGACAUGCGAGGAGAUAAUACAACAGACAGUGCGGGCAAAGCUGCUGGACAAUCUUCCGCAGGAGUUGCCGUACAACAUGCAAGUGAAGUUGGAACAUUUUGAUCCUGGUCCAGACGACAGCAUCAGUGUCUUGGUAUCUAUCAUAUGUCCCAACAAGCGCAUCUGUGGUAUGGUGGUAAAACACACAGAACGACUUAAGAACAUUGCAGUUAUAGCUGAGCAGGAAUUGCAGCAUGCCUUUCGAACGUUGGUAAAGUUGAAGAUAAACGUGCAAUCUGCAAAAUAACUCGCGUUUGUUUUAAUUUACCUUAAGUUAAGUAACCUGCUCCUGUGUUUUUAAGUAUUUUGUAAAUAAUAUCAGAUCGAACGCGAAAGAUUCGAGUAAAUGAAGACGUUGAAAAACA